CAUGAAUAUGCAAUAAAUAUAUUAAAUAAUACUCCAAAGCAAUCGAUGCAAAGAUAUUCUGAAGUAGUAACUAUACAGGAACAAGGUCUAAAAGCCAAAAACAUGCAAAAUUUUGACGGUCUUCAAACCGGCACAGGACAGCUUCCAAAAGGUCACAAAGUGCUAAAAACAGAAGCUAG